GCUAUAGAGACUUUGAGGCCCAUUAACCUGGCUGUAUUAUAGAGGGUGGCCUGCUAACACAGGUCCAAACACAUGCUAUAGAGACUUUGAGGCCGGCUGUAUUAUAGAGGGUGGCCUGCUAGCACAGGUCUAUAAUGGAGACUUUGAGGUUGGCUGUAUAUUUAAGUGAGCAUUUCGUUUGAGCUAGUAACACGAACGGUGGACAAAAAUUCACCCACCUUAUAUUUAUAUCCACCCACCUACUCCCCCCCCCACACACACACACAAGAGUACAAUAUUCCACUUGAGACUCUCUUGUUUUCCCACUGUAGGUAUAUAUGAGAGCUAAACUGGAUGUCUGCCCUUUCAAAGAGCUGGAGGAUUUCAAGAGCUGCUCACUAGAGAACUGUGUAGUUACUAGUUACCUAGGUCACCACCAUUAAUGUGCUAUUGUUUAUAGUGUGGUGGCUGUGAAUCAUUAUCAACACCCACUCAAAUAAUUAUAAUUGUGUAUCUAAAAAUAGAUCAGUUUAAUUAGUAGGGGAAGGCCCCAGAAAGAGGGUGUGGCACUUUGCUUUGUUAUGUUUACUGCACUGAGAAAUAAGGGGCAAGUGUUUGAAUAAAGCUUCAAUGGCUACUGGAGAAGACUCAGGGUUAGUGCCGUGGAGUCGCAAGAAACUCGGUUUCAAGACCCCAGAGAGGAGAACGAGGCUGGACACUGUGCCAGAUACACCCAGUGUUCAGGAGCAGCUGGCCAGGGAUCUGUGGGAGGCUGUAGGCAAUAAGGAUGUCAGCAAAGUGAGGUCCGUUUUGGGACAGGGGGCCAACCCCAAUCACCAGCUCUACUGGAGUGAGGAGUGGGAUAAGAAGCUUUAUAAUUGGCCUCCAGUACACCUAGCAUGCCUGGGGGGCUCCCUGGAGAUCACUAGAGCACUCGUUAGUGGUGGAGCUGAUAUAGAGAAAGGUGAUGGAAGAUUGGGCAUGACUGCAUUUCACUGGGCGUGUUAUGGAGGACAUAUGGAGACUGUGGUGUACUUAUCACAAGAGGUGAAAUGUCAUAUUGAUGUGAGGAACAAGGUGGACGAAACACCACUACACGAUGCUUGUUGGAGAGAACAUAUACAAGUUGUGAAAUACCUUGUGGAGGUACUCAAGGUUGAUGUUGAUGUGAGGAACAAGUGGAACGAAACACCACUGCACUAUGCUGGUGCGAAUGGACAUAUACAAGUAGUGCAAUACCUGGAGGUACUCAAGGUUGAUGUUGAUGUGACUGAUGAUUAUGGCAGGACUCCUCUUGACAGGGCAGUACAGUUUGGUCACACUGACAUUGUUGAAUAUCUCCGGUCUCUGCAGCCCUCCACUCCUAAACCAGAUACUCGAAAUGGUUCUGAACAACUUCUUUCUAAUUCAAUUGUUGACAAGACCUCAUCAAUGACCUCUGACCCUCUGUCUGGUCAACAGACACCCAGUGCUGGCGAUGAACAACCAGAAACAACUGAUACUCAAAAUGAUUCCACACAACUUUCAACGGAUGACCAAACCUUGUCAAGCACUCCAUUGACUGAGGAAGGCUCUGAUGCUCUAGAAAAGCUGCUCCUAGACAACAAAAUCUCUUUGACUGGUGAAAGGACAUAUGAGACAGUAGUUCACCACCUUCGUGAGCUCGGACAUAUGGAACUUGCAGCCAACCUGAGGGAAAACCUCGACAAAGUUAUCAAAUGGCAGCGUCGAUACCUCGAUAGACUCAUGACUCUAAUGGUUGAUAAAGAAACAAUCGAUAUGUGCACUCUGAAACUGUGUCUCGUUGGUCCGCCUCACGUUGGGAAAACAACCACACUCAAUCGUCUACUGCAAGUGUAUGAAAACAUUCAAUCAGCUGGAGACAAAGCGAAACAUCCAAGCACUCUACUAGCUAACUGUAUCCAAGUUAUGGCGUUGAUUAAUAAAGAUGAGUGGAUAUCUUCCAAGGAUGUCGAUGAAGAAGCCAAGAUGAUAUUUGGUUAUCUAUGUGGCAAUUUAACUCUCGAUGAAAUAGAUAUACCCAAUGAAGAAUCGAUAAAGGCCACCCGAUCUGAAGAAACAGUACCUUACAAAGUCCACACACAAACUGUACAACAAGCCACACUUACCGACUCUGAGGAUAAAGCCGCUGUAACCCACAGCAACAAACUAGCACAGGUCAUUCUUCGACUGCAAAAGCUGAUAAAGACCGGAAACUACUCCCAAAUGGCCAAAUGUCUUGGCAACACCUUGCUGAACAUAAACGAUGUCGGAGGCCAACCUGAAUUCCUAGAAAUGCUACCAGCCCUGAGCAAUGGUCCCGCCAUGUAUCUAGUGUUCUUGGAUCUGAGCAAGGAACUUGACAAGCCCUACAAGAUUCCCUUCUGUCGUGAUGGCAAAGUCAUCACUCCUUAUAAAUCAAUGCACACAGUGAAAACCGCAGUCUCUCAAAUCCUCUCAUCCAUUGCUAGUGUGCGUCACAUGUCGGAAAUUUCGAAGCCUCUCUUAAAAACUCCUCAGUUGAAGGAAAAAUUUGAAGCUUUUCUCACUGUCCCUCCAGUGGCAGCCCUAAUAGGUACCCACAAGGAUAAGCUUGGUGGAGACUCUCCAGAAAAAGAAAGAUUGACCAGAGACAAACUGCUGGAGAUAAACGCAGCAUUGAAACCAACAACCAAAACUUUCGAGAAAAUUUUAGUUUUUCCCAAGCAAGAAAGUAACACUUCUGAUGACACUGCUGAUAAAGAUGCUUCCGACAGGAUGUCCUUUUUUGCCCUAGAUAACAAUAAAGGCACAGAGAACGCUGAAAUUUCUCCAUUACGUGGCUUAUUGAAUAAACUAUUUUACUCUCGCUUCGGCAAAACCUCUCUUCCAAUAUCAAAAAAUUGGCUUGUACUAGGAAUUAUUCUUCGAAAGGAAUAUCAAAUUGUUACAGUAGAAGAUUGUAUCGAAAUAGGCAAAAGGUUGGAGAUGGAUGAAGAAGAAACCACAAUCUGCCUCCUCUACCUUCAUAGUAUAGGAUCGAUCCUGUACUAUACGGAUGUUCCCGAUGAUGAUGAUCCACGCUGGCUCCUCAAAGGUCACGUUAUCUGCUUACCUCAAGUGAUCUUCGAUAGCAUAAGCCAACUGAUAAUCGUUUCGAUGCAGAAUGUUCAUGAUGGAGGCCUCAACACCGAGUUUGAGAUAGCAGAAUUGAUCAGGAAAGGUCAGUUUACACUAGAGGCCAUCGAGAGACAUUGCAAAUUAGAUGUUCAAGUUUCCAAAAAUCUGAAAAACAAUUUACUAAUACCAUCCGGACCGCUUGUGAAACUUCUCAAGUACCUCAACCUUCUCUCUGAUAUCACACACAAAGAUGAAGAUGGUGAACGAAUCACGUACCUCAUGCCGGCUAUAUUGGAGUGUGCUUCACCAGAGGAGCUGACCAACCCACCUCAACCAGACACCAACAACCCAGAACCACUCCACAUCACAUUUAGCUUUGGUUACGUACCAACAGGAGUCUUCUGUGGGCUCAUCACUCGACUAGUUUCCCAAGGCCCUCAUAAAAUUCUCGGAUUGACGUGGGAAUUGGUGGAAGAUGGCGUCAAACGAAACUGCGUCUCCUUUUAUGUUGACUACGUACACAAAGUGACACUGCUCUCUCACGACAGAAGCUACGAGAUACGAGUUGAACGCAAUGCAAAACAGAUGAAUUUUCCUCUUCACGAUCUUUGCUCUCACACUCUGUCAGCAAUCCUGUAUUCUCUCAAGAUCCUGUUCCCAAAGUUGAACCUCAGUGUUGCAUUUCAAUGCUCCUGUCCCAAACACGCAGCAAGCAAGAGUCUCAACAACCUUUGCACCCUUGUUGAAGGCCGACAGAUUCACUUCCUGUGUGGUAGAAGUCCCGUCACCCUCAGUGAAGCACAACAAGUGUGGUUGGGGAAGGUUGCCAGCAUUGGUCAGAAGGCAAGCUUGUGUGUGCUCAAGUUUGUUAGAAUUCCUGCAAAGCAGUUUUCCUUUGAUUGGAGCAAAGUGGGAGAUGAUGACACAGCACCUGUUCUCACCAAACCCAACACUGUGAGCUUCCCGAGUGUGAGAGAGGAGGACUUUGGUCACUACCAGUGUGAGGUGAAGAAUGCAGCUGCUGGGAAAGUGCUCCUCACUCUCUACACAGCUCUCUACAAAGAGGACACAAGUAAUGCAGUGACUCCACUAGCCACUCCACACACAACCACUCCGUCAGUUCAACAAUGUGAGUUGACAGCGACUACAGCUCAGUUGAGUGAAGAGUGCUCGGAUGAAGCUCUUCUCCAGUUGUCCACCGAGAUAGCUGGCUAUGACAAAUACAAGCUCAGGCUGGGCCUCAGUGAUGCUGAGAUUGAGAAUAUCGAUCAAACCAUUGAUAAUAUCCCAGGGAGAUUUCACGCUGCUCUAAAGAAGUGGAAGAGUAAAAGCAUCAUUUUCGAUAAUCCAUCGAAAUCGUCAGCUACUUACGAUCGAUUAGUGGAAAUUGCCUCAGAGAUUGAGGACGGAGAGGCAGUUUGCAGCAUUCACAAGGCCUGUGUCAAGGAUACACUUCAGCCACAUAAGACGAUAGUGACAGCGACUGCAGCUCAGUUGAGUCAAGAGUGCUCGGAUGAAGCUCUUCUCCAGUUGUCUACCGAGAUUGCUGGCUAUGACAGAUACAAGCUCAGGCUGGGCCUCAGUGAUGCUGAGAUUGGUGCUAUUGAUCUGACAAUUGUUGGUAUUCCAGGGAAAUUCCUCGCUGCUCUAAAGAAGUGGAAGAGUAAAAAUAUUCUCCAAUUCAAUCCAUUGAAUUCAACAGCUACUUACGGUCGAUUAGUGGCAAUUGCCUCAAAGAUUGAGGACGGAGAGGCCGUUCGCAGCAUUCACAAGGCCUGUGUGGAGCAUACAUGACUGGAGGUCAUGGAUCAGUCAACACCAUCAGACACUACCAACACUAUAGAACCAUAAGCACAUUUGCACAUUAUUUUGUUUUGUUUGACGCUUAUUGUGGUAAUGAUAAUGAAGUGGAUCAAGAUAAUUUUACUGACAAUGUUCUUGGUAUGGAUCGUUCAACUUGGGUACAAAUAAUUAUUAGUCAGUAAUCCGGUAAAGAUCACUGCAGUAAUGAAUUUAUAAAUUCCGAUUAUACGCCAUGACGUCACGUUGCGGGAACACCCCCGCAGCCAUAUUGAUUUUUAAAAAAUGCACAAAUUAAUCAGUUCUUAGAAAACUGUUCGUAACUUGAAAGCGCUUCGACUUUUGAUUGUGCAAGUUAGACUAGGAAGAAAGACCAGUCAAAGAUCUACAAGAUGAUGCCCGAAUCGCUUACUAUCUCGAAGGAUUGGCUGUGAUCUGCUUCUGUCAAGCGCUACACAAGGUACUGGGUGUGGCUUAUAACCUGAGGCAGCUAUGUGUAAAGAGAAACAGUGACAGUGGUAAAAAGGUGUGACUGGAUCCAAUAAUCAGAGGUGGGGCCACGUAUGUACAGUGACAGUGGCAGUAGCAACGAGAUAUAAAAAGUGUCUGAUGUCUGUGGCUACUGCUGAUACUUUGCUGUCACACUAUGCACUGCCACUGGGUCCCUUUUGGAGUACCUUGGAGUCGCCUCUGUCAAGAGUAGAAUACACGACAAUGCCAUGUACAGGAAGGUUGACGUUGGUGGUAGGACUUUCACAACAGUGCUCAGCUCAUGCAGUGUCAAUGUCCUAUCCAGAUCUACAUUUUUGAUAAUUUAUUGUUGUAAUUAUUGUUGUACUGUACCGGGUAUUUGAUAAUCUUGUUUUUAUUCUAUA